AUGUCAGAACCUUCAAAAAACACUUCAUCUGACUCGUGCAAUAUUCAAGAUGAUUCUUUUCAUGAUGAAUCUCUCCUUAAACCUAAAUCUAAGAGAAAUAUACAGCGUGUACGGUUUAAUGCUGAUGAUACAACAGAUAACAGUUAUGAUGCAGCAGAAGCUGCAAAUGGACCAUCUGGUACCUCUGAUACAGCCUUUUCUGAGCUAAGACAUAAACGUGCAUCGUCUUUUUAUAUUCAAGGAGACAUAGAAGCAGAAAUUGUCAAUGAUGAUGAUUCAAAACAAUCAGUAACAAACAUUGGAAUAGGUGUUUUAGAGGAUUCAUCACAGGCAUAUGACUCACAUGAAGUGAGUCAACGUUCAGUAUUAUCUCCUCUAUAUACAGCAGCAGGCUCUAGAAUAUCAGGAAUCCAGAUGCCGGCUUUACCGAGAGCAGCGUCAAGUAGUGCAUUUUUGAAUGCUCAGGCACAAGCAGCUUUUACAAGUGUGCCAAGUGCUUUUGAUCCUGAUAUGUGUGUAUCAUCAGACCAACAUAUGAAUAGCCAUAUGCACCAACAGAAUAUUCAAAAUGAUUCUCAACAUGGAUCAUGUUGUCCAAGGUUUCAUUUGAAUUCAUUGUCUAGUUGCAGCCCGGAACCAUCACAUAAAAAGUCAUGUCGGCGUCAUGGACAUCAAUUUCAUUCAUUAACAAGAUAUGCAUAUAAUUUAGUAAAAGCUCAUAUGCAUGGGGACUCGUGUAGGCAUAAGAAUAUCUUGAAGGAAACAGAUAUGUCAGAUGGGAUGGAUUCAGAAGACACAGCGGCACAUGCAUCAGAUGAAACAGUUUCAUCACAUUUUCGUGGAGGGGUUUUAUCAUAUAUUUUGAAAUUAUAUCAUUCAGAAAAUCAAUAUUCAGGUCGUCAAUGUUCUAAUACGCCACCAGGAACAGGGCGUAGUACGCCUAAAUGGAAUAGUAAAUCGGCAAAUAGUUCAUCAACAUCUCUAUCAGCUUUAUUAGCGACAUCUUCUGCAACGGUAGCACUUCCGGGUUUAUUGAGUUUACAAGGAUUUCAACGUGAAGAUUCAGCAUCGGGAUUGUCGAGAAUGAUGCGUCCUUUUUAUAGAACACGAAAGCAUAGUAGUGGGAUUGCAACUGCGAUUAAACAUAGUUUUUCCCGAUCAAGGUUAGAAGAUGAGAUUCGUAUUACGGUACAUUUAGCGGAUGUUUUACAGCGACAGAAAUUUAUAUUGCGUUUAUGUCAUGCUUUAAUGCUUUAUGGGAGUCCUACUCACCGGUUAGAAGAAUGUAUGAAGUUAACGUCAAGAGUUUUGGAAAUUGAUGGUCAAUUUUUGUAUAUCCCAGGGUGCAUGAUUGUUUCUUUUGGUGAUUUGAUUACUCAUACAUCUGAUAUACACGUUGUUCGUGUUAAUCAAGGAUUGGAUCUUGGAAAGCUACAAGAAACACAUUGUAUUUAUAAACAGGUGAUUCAUGAUUUAACAGGAGUCGAAGAGGCAAUGAAGAAUUUGGAUGAAGUUAUAACUCGGAAACAGUAUUACAAUGAUUGGGUCGUUAUUUUAUUUUAUGGGCUUGCAAGCGCACUUGUGGGGCCUUUUGCAUUUAAUGCUUCUUGGAUUGAUUUACCUAUUUCUUUUAUUUUGGGAUGUAUUUUAGGUUUGUUAAAAAUAGUUGUAGCACAGAGGAGUUUAUUAUAUGCAAAUGCUUUUGAAAUUUCAGCUACUGUUAUUACAAGUUUCCUUGCAAGAGCUUUUGGGAGUAUACGGGAUCGAAAAAAUAAUGGAGAGUUUAUUUUUUGUUUUGCAAGUAUGGCUGAGAGUUCAAUUGCACUUAUAUUACCCGGAUAUUUAGUUUUGUGUGGAUCAUUAGAACUUCAAACUAAAAAUAUUGUUGCAGGUUCUGUAAGAUUAUUUUAUGCUAUUAUUUAUUCUUUAUUUCUUGGUUUUGGAAUGACCAUUGGUUCUGUUAUUUAUAAAUCAAUAGAUAAAACAGCAAGUGAUGAAAUACAGUGUCGUAGUAAUAUCAAUCUUUUAUUUCGAUUUCUUUCAGUUCCUAUUUUUACUGCUUGUAUUUUAGUUGUUAAUCAAGCAAGGCCUCGGCAGUUUCCUGCUGCAGUGAUUGUCGCAACAGCGGGUUAUAUUGUAAAUUUUUUUUCUGCAAAAAGAUUUGGUGCUUCUCAAGUAUCCAAUGCAAUAGGAGCUUUUGUGAUAGGGUGUUUAGGUAAUCUGUAUUCUAGGAUUGGGCAUGGCUUAGCUUUUGCUGUUGCUUUGCCGGCCAUUUUUGUUCAAAUUCCAUCUGGUUUAGCUGCACAAAGAGGUGUUUAUAUAGGUAUAGAAGAAUCGAAUGGUAUUUUUAUUGGUAAUGCAUCACAAAAUCUCAAUAAUGAUGUAAAAUCAUCUGAUCCUAAUUCUUUAUCUUUUGGUAUUAUUAUGAUUCAAAUUGCAAUUGCUAUCACUGUUGGUUUAUUUUUUAGUUCUAUCCUUGUCUAUAGUUUUGGGGGUAUAAGGAAACGAUCUGCUUUAUUUUCUUUGUAA